GUAGACUCGGCCAUUUCUCUCGCGAAGCGUACCAACUCGUUCGGCCGCGACAUUUUUUUCCGACAAACCGUGCGGGUAUUCCCGGAAACUUUGCAAAAUAACGCGACGCAAAAGGAUGAUACACUCCGGGCGCACCAGGCUCGAGAAAAAAGUAAGUCGCGUGGGCGUAGGAGGAGGGGGCCAGGUCGGGCAAGGGGUACAAGCGGUCGAGGAAUCCGGUGCAAGCGGUCAAUGGUGGAGGCAACAGCAUCCAUCCUAUCAUCAUCAUCACCAUCAUCAUCAUCAUCACCAACAUCAUCACCAUUAUCAUCAUCAGGCCGGUUAUUACACGUCGCAAUCGCAUACUCACAACAAUCCUGUCACUACCAUGAAGCAGUCUUACAUGCAGCUAACAUGGGUGUUUCAUGACGACGAGGCGCAGAUUAAUAAGAAACUGCCAAAAGAAUUGCUUCUUAGAAUCCUGUCGUAUCUCGACGUGGUGUCACUAUGCCGAUGCGCGCAAGUGAGCAAAGCCUGGAACGUGUUGGCGCUAGAUGGAUCCAAUUGGCAGAGAAUCGAUCUGUUCGAUUUCCAACGAGAUGUGGAGGGACCAGUUAUAGAAAAUAUCUCGAGACGAUGCGGCGGUUUCCUGAGACAGUUGUCCCUCAGGGGAUGCCAGAGCAUCGGGAACAAUUCCAUGCGCACGUUGGCUCAAUCGUGUCCAAACAUCGAGGAACUAAACCUGAGCCAGUGUAAAAAGAUCUCAGACGCCACCUGCGCGGCACUCAGCAGUCACUGUCCGAAACUCCAACGACUGAACUUGGACUCGUGUCCCGAAAUAACGGACAUUUCCCUGAAGGAUCUCUCGGAGGGUUGUCCCCUUCUCACUCACAUCAACCUGUCCUGGUGUGAGUUACUUACCGACAACGGAGUCGAAGCAUUGGCGAGAGGUUGCAACGAACUCCGUAGCUUUCUCUGCAAAGGCUGCCGUCAGUUGACGGACAGGGCUGUCAAAUGUCUGGCCCUUUACUGCCCCAAUUUGGAGGCGAUCAAUCUACACGAAUGCAGGAAUAUAACGGACGAUGCGGUUCGAGAACUCAGCGAACAGUGUCCACGAUUGCAUUACGUCUGUCUGUCGAAUUGUCCUAAUCUAACGGACGCGUCCCUGGUUACCCUGGCACAGCACUGUCCGCUCCUCAGCGUCCUCGAAUGCGUGGCUUGCACUCAUUUCACCGACGCGGGAUUUCAGGCCCUCGCGAAAAAUUGCAGACUGCUAGAAAAGAUGGACCUGGAAGAGUGCCUUUUAAUAACAGACGCCACGCUCAUUCACCUGGCCAUGGGAUGUCCAAGGUUGGAGAAAUUGAGUCUGUCGCACUGCGAACUGAUCACCGACGAGGGCAUCCGGCAAUUGGCUCUUUCGCCGUGUGCGGCCGAACAUCUGGCGGUGCUGGAAUUGGACAACUGCCCCCUCAUCACAGAUGCUAGUCUCGAUCACCUUCUACAGGCCUGCCACAAUCUCGAGCGCAUCGAGCUUUACGACUGUCAACUGAUCACCAGGGCUGGCAUACGUAGACUCAGAACUCAUUUGCCGAACAUCAAAGUCCACGCGUAUUUCGCGCCGGUAACACCUCCGCCAAGCGCAGGAGCAUCACGGCAACGAUAUUGCCGGUGCUGUGUCAUUCUGUGAUUCUGCAUACGCACGUGACUCUGAUGCAAAUCGUCCGAUGUACCACACUACCGGUGGACCUUUCAGUGAUCGCUGGUUGCGGCAAUCGUGGGACCUUCUGUUCCGAUAACCAGAAGACCAGACCCCGAGACUCUGGGUCGUCGACAACAGUGAGAACGAGCCUCAUCGUGAAUCGCGACUCCUUCGAUAACCAUUCGACUUACAACACGCAACGAGUGCAACAACAGUACGUCACCGUCGUUUACAUAUACACACACACAGACACAUACAUAGCCACACAGCUGCUGCUGCAAUCACUAUUAUUGUGUCGUUGCUACUCUAACUACUACUACUACUACUACUAUACUACUACUACUACUACUACCGCUACUACUAUCCAGUAACCGUUAUCGCCGCUGUUCAACGCUGUCGCGGCAUCGUGAUCAAGGUUUCUACCGUGAUUGUAUUCGUUUUGGUAGCACUCGCAUUCGCUAAUUGUCGCCAUUGUUCCACCUCGUGCGUAGGUGACGAUUUCGCGAAGGAAAGAAAUUCCUGGGUUCUCGCUUCGUUUUCGUUCGCAUCCGUUGCAUCGACUCCAUCAGCAGACAACGACGAUACGCGCGAUCGAGCGUACGCGAGCGUAUUUUUUCUCGAUGCGACACGCUUCGCGUUCCUACGGGCCAACACCGUGGAUGUUCCACGCGAAAGGAAAAUAACACAGAUGAUAAGCGUAUAUACAUAUAUAUAUAUUAUAUAUAUACAUAUAUUUUUUUAGUACGAUACAUUCUCUCUUCUGCUGAACACGAUUGUCGAAGAGAAAACGCGCGAUCCGUACCGAACGAUGACGGCACACAAACAUGCGUCCAAUGGUCACGCAUUUGUUCGGAUUUUAAAAAAACAAAGAAGGGUAAUACUCGUCUCGAGCUACGUACACCGCCCUUGUUCUAUUCUAGACACUCAAUUUCUAUCGAACUUUCGUGCGUGUCUGUGUGUAUACGUGUGUGUAUGCGUGUUUCUGUAGCAGUUUCUCAACGAACACUGCCUAUUAUAACGUUAUUGAUUAAAAGGAAACGGAAAAUGUCCAACAAAAAACGUGCAAAAACUACAAAAAAAAAACGUAAAACGUAUAUAUAAACGGAAUAAAAACGACGAAGAAAAUAGUAAACGGGAGAAGGGGGACUACGAGCGUCUUAGAGAUCGCAGACUUUUCCGAAUCUCGUCGUUUAAACCGUAGAGACAUACCGUCGUUCGUUUUAGAUCAACACGCGAAUUAUACGUGUCUUCGACUGGAAAUUUCAUUAUAUCGUUUCCUCUUUCCGUUCGGUCGUGUGCAACUUAGGCUUCCUUUAAGUAAACUAUUUAGGGGAAGAGCUUGCUUCAAUCAUCUGCGAAGACGUUUCUUGGUUUCAUUUCUGGAUUCUCCUUUAAAGGAAAAUUAACAAAUUUCUGAAUUACAAUUUGGGAGUUUGACAAUUUACAAAAUACCAUCUUCUUAAAUUUCUACAUCUCAAAAUCUGGGAGUUUUAAAAAUUGAAAUUUCCAUGCAUCACUGUGUUAGACUCCUGACUUAUGUCUGAGCCCUUCCUAGACAUCCUAUGUUUUUCUCUAACUCUUCCAAGAUCAGAAGUGAAGCUUUAUCUUGAAGGUAGCCUACGUUGCAUCCGAAAGUAAACGAAAGAAGACGAAGUUCACGAGGUAUCACCGGCGACUAUUAAACGACACCUACGAAUUUCUUUCCUUUCACGAGAUUUGCGACGUCGCGGCCAACAACACUUACCCAGAACGGAAGUUAGAACACAGGGAUGAAUCCAACGCGGUUGUUGUUAUUGUUGACUUUUCAACAACGAAGAGAAGAAAAGAGAAAAUGAGAGAGAAAGAGAGACAGGGACACGACGGAGCCAAUGGCCGUCGUGUUUGAAUUUUCGCGUUUAAUCGUUGCUAGCGUUUUACGGUGGCACAUUUCAGAUGCAUUUUACGAGGAUUCGCGGACAAAAAUGCCAUAACGUUAUCCGCGAAUCGGAAUUAUCGAGCCUCAAAAACCGUAUCGUAUUUCUCCCUCACGGUCCCGGACAUCUUGUUCUUUGUAUUAUACAUAUGUUCUUUUUUGUUCGUUAUUUUCCCUCCUGUUUCUUUCUUUUCUUCUUCUUUUUUUUGUUUUUGUUUCUUUUUUUUUCUUUUUAACUCAUCAUGGACUAGGAGAGCACAGACUGACAAAACGAAUCAAAUCGUUGAUACGUUGAACCGAUUCACUUUGGGCCGGCCACCGAAUUCGCCGGCCUCACACUUUACUUUUUAAGCCUAGCUUACGGAAUGAUGGCGGUACGAGAGCCGCGAACGUAAUCCGGAAACGCGGAAUCGACGAUCUUCGGAUGAUCGUUACGCGAUCGGGUAUUCGACACGCUCCGUGAUUAGGUGAUUACCGGUGAUGGGCAUUUGAUACUUGUUCUUGUACAUUUUCCUGCUGUUCGAUCGUUUCGUUGAAUCGCGGAUCGCUUCGGUGCCUGCUCGAUGUUUCGCGUUCUUGAAGCGAUAGCCUCCUAGAUCUUACAAUAUCGACUCGAAUUUCAUUCUUUACAACAGUAUUUAUCAGAAUUUCAGACAGUUUAAUUUAGUUUGCUAUUCGUCGACGUUUCAUGAAGAGUACAAUAGAGGAUUUUCAGAUGCAAGGAAACAUAAAAUUAUGUAGUACUAUUAAGAGAGAUCUUCGAAAAUGUCUGACUUCGAAUGGUAAUCGAGGCGAGUCGAAAUAUUCCGAAUCGAACCUGGCCCAUCACCGGUGACUAGGUUGUCGACGAGACAACACGAAGAAAUACAUAUUUGUACCCUGGCCCUCGAACGGGUGUUGAUACGAUAUGCACAAACGCAGAAAGGAGCAGACGAACGAACGGUGCAUGGAUAUGUGGCCUCGUGAUUUAAUGGAGACCUCAGACAAUCGAUACUGGCUUCAUCAUUGCCAAAAGACUUUGAGAAUCCUGACGUACUGACUAUAUAAGUUAUACUAAUUUUCGCGGUAUUGCAUGCUCGAUAAGAAUGCAUUUAUUUUUCAACGCUUCUAAGCGUUUUUAUUCGUUCGACAGAUCUGUCGAACAAUAUUCGUGAUAUUUAUUACAAGUUUUAUACUUUAUCAAAUUGAUACUACACGUCAAUUAUUGGUACAUCCAUUGCGCUAAUGAUCUUUACCUUUUAAAGAAACCUAACCGUUUCUUUGUAUUUUAAACUUAUUCCAAGAUUUUUAAUUAACUUUAUCUAUGGAACCUUCACGUUUCUCUAACGUGAUAUUAGUCAAAUACGUCCGAUCGAUGCGGAAAUUGUCCAGGUUAAUUAUCGAUCGUCGGAGGUCUCCAUUACGACGAUCGACAGUUCGGAAACCGCGCGAAGGAACAGUAUUUCGGAAGCUCGAAUUCCAGGAUGACAAAGCGUAUAAAUUGUGCGAAACGCAGAGUCCAGAUCGUGAGAAAGUUCACGACAGUUCGGGUUCGUGAUCGACGUUUUUAAUUUUUGCUAAAGGAAUCGUCGCGUCGAUUGUUGUGCACGCACGUUUUCUUGCCGUGGCCAGGAUACUCGAACAGGAUGAAGGAAUCGAAUUUCCGGUGAUCGCAAAUAUUUUUAAACGGAAGAAAACGAUCCAUCCCGAGGGUGCGAAAUUGAAUUGGCUCGAGAACACCCCGUUUUCCCUCCUUCUCGUUGUUUCGAUAAUUCGAGGAGCCAACCGCAGCGUCGUUGGCGUUGAAAACGAUCCUUGCUGACGAGUAAGAAACGUACAUCGCGUAUAUGUGUAUUGAAUAUAUAGCGUGUAAACGAAAUACCGGAUGAAGCAACUAGAUAUAUGAAUAUAUAUAUAUACAUACAUAUAUAUAUAUUAAUAUGAAGUAUAUAUAUUAACAAAAAAGAAACAAAAAAAAAACCGUAAAAAAUAUUAAAUAUAUAGAUAAGAUAUGUUUUAUACGCUGCAUGUCAUCCUUAGAAGGAUUAACGUGAUCAUCGUAACGUGUCGUUCGAAGUGAAGAUUUUAUCCUUUCUUUUUUUUAUGUUUUCUUUUUUCUAGAAGAUAAGCGAUGCUCGUUACGUGCACGAUGUGUAAUCAUCAGCGAUACGCGCAAGGGAAUCAGCAGGUGUAGAUCAGAUUUAACUUAGGCAGACGGACAAAAAAUGGACAAUUUCGCCACUUUAUCCGCAACCGUGAUACGGUUCUCGACCUCGCAGGGUCUCACCGAGGAACCUGUUUCCGUUCUUUCGUCCACGUUCUUCCUUCAAAUUUUAUUUGCGCUCCCGAACCUAAUUUUAUUACAUGGCAAAUUGUAAUUCUAACUCGACAUUUUUCUCCUCGAUGUAAUUUUACCGAAGUAUUUUAACUAUAACAGGAUUGCGAACGUAGUACUCUUGCCAUGAGAUGCAACACGAAAAACGCAACGAAAUUAGGUUCGCGAUGUUCGGAGCGCAAUGUUCAUUGCAGGAUUGUCGGGUGUCUCGAUCGAGUUCGGCUCAAAAUAUGAAGUCAAUCGCAGUGCCUGAAUCGCCGCAAAAUUGUAAUAUAGUAGUCGAAAUUCCACGGGUAAUCACAGUGUGGCGGGGGAUGUUAGACAAACGAGAUGAAAACGAAAGAAACUAAACUUAUCCUAUCGAUCGCCUGACAAUCAUGCAUCACUUGUUCGGUACUAUUACCGAAUGAAAGUUACCCAAAAAUCGACGCAGUUGUCUUCAGAAUCUGAGUAUCGUUUAACCGCUUCGUUGAUCAAAUUUUAAAAGAACGAUUAGAUACUAAGUAUUCAGAUUUUGGAAGACGUGUUUAGAGUACUACAGUUCGAAAUUUUUCAAGGAAGAACGAAUAAAAUACUAAACGAUAGUAUUACAACAAUCAUCCUGUUAAGAUAAUUUGCAAUUCUAUUUGAUUUGUGGCACUCGAACGUCCAUCGCAAUUACUUAAUUCCUCGAUAUUGGACACCCGUCAAAAAUCGUCCGUGGCAAAGACAGAAAAAGCAAACUAUCCAGAAAAGAUCGGUAGUUUCUUAUUUUUCAUACUCGAUCGUGAAAAUGUUAUUUUAAUAAGACCGUUGGUGAUCGAUCACCGAGACGUGCCUGGCAGAUCUCGACGAUCGAUCAUGAACGAAUCGGUGAAUCGGCGUGAUCGGUUAGUACAACAAAAUUGUAAUGUCGAGUAUCGUGUAGAAUUGAGUCCCGUUACGUCGACAAAUUUACGAGACGCGAGAGCCUGUCGGGAAUCCCGUUGUUCGGGCAUAAAGGGAAUCACGACCGAGUUUUCGAAAACGGUGUAUGUACACUGGCGAGCACGGUACGCUUUCCUAGGGAAUGAUACGGGGGAAACUGACCCCGUUGCUUUUCGCUAGUAGAUCUGAUCUAGAAAUUUUUCAAUUCGGCUACGUGAAAAUUAGCCAACUUUUUCAUGGAAUAUUGGCAAUCAGAAUUUUUUGGAAAAUGCUCCCCUACGCUUGUCAGCCAAAGGAAGCCGUUGCACCGAAGUGUACAUAAUCGAGAGAUAACGAAUCAUGAAUCGUCGAUAAAUUGAUAGCGAAGCGUACAAAAUAGAAACAAGAAACAAUUGUACGACCGAUUGCAGUGUUGUGUAAGUCUGUUGUAAAGAACACGUCGUCGCGAAGAGGUGUCGUCGACGUUGAAAAUAAUGACGCGAAUAAGAGAUGGGAAGCUGAAGAGAAAAGCUUUGAAACCGAGUGAUCGAACAAGUGUUUGGCUGUGCAGUAGAAUAGGAAAGAGACAGAGAAAGAACGUUAGAGAGAAAGUGAGUUUAAAGAGAGAAAGAAUGAGAGAACGAGAGAGGGUGUGAGAGACAAAGAUUCAACAUGUUAAUCGAAGCCAGCGAAAGUAUAAUUACCAUGUGUCCCCAGUUAUAUGUGUUUUAUCCUGUGUACCCACGAAUCAUUUUUAUUCUCCUUUUCGGAAAAAUCGAAACAAAACGAGCGUAAUUCGGUAUAGUCGAAAUCCUUUAACAAAUGGUCUACGCGUGUCGGCCUACACGUGCCUCCCGGACAAAAAGAUUAAGAAACAGACACAGGUUCGCGUACGAAUACUGUAGCUGAUUAUACAUUGACAUUUUCGCUGCUUCGACAAGCUACAGUCUACCAUGUAUAUAUUUUCAUUAAUGUAUGUAUAAUAAAAAAAAAGUAUAUUCGAGA